CUGCUGCCAGACUGCUUUCCCAAUGGGUUCCUUUGGAUGUGAGCAAGUUUUUUAGGGCAGCGUUAUUGGAGGCACCCCUGGGGGACAGUAAAGCCAGCACGCAGCAGGAAGGAGGCACAGCAGCCCUUCCAAAUCCGUGUUCAUUAUAGGCUGAGGUGCUGGAAACAUCACUGGUAGAAUGGGAUUUUUCCGGCUCAGGGCUGCAAUACAAUCUGAUGUCAGUGGAGUAAGAUGAUGUGAUUUAUUUUUUUCCUUAUAGUCUUUACGUGUGAAAAAGCAAUCUGGAACGGCUCGUUCCGGGCUGAUGUGCGUUUUGGAGAUGCUGCUUGGUUCUCACACCCCUGGGUGUCAUCUCCAGAUUCAGGAGCGCUGCCAGUGGGAGCAAACAGAGAUGAGAUGAAUCGAUUCUGGGUUUUUCUCGGUGUUCUGGAACAGAAACAGGAACCUUCAGACAGAGGAGGAGGAAAAGGACUCUCAGCCUUCUUUUCUCCCCCUUCUGCACAGCCAGGCUGUUUGCUGGUGGGCUCCCAACCCACACAGAGCCCUGCGGUCAGGCAGGGUGUGGGUGCUGGGCCGGGUGUUACGGGCAUGGAGGUUUUCUUGUGCUGCAAGUGCUUGAAAGCAGAACAAGGCCAGAUUUUGUUAGCCCAUGUGCAGUGUUGUUUUCUGCUUCCUGCACAUGCAUUACAGCCUAGCACGUGGCGUUUUGUGACGGCUGGGAGAGAUCUGCUGGAGCUGGACAGCCCCAGGCAAAGUGCAAACCCACUGCUUGGCUGUCCAGAAAAGGAGAAAGCACAUAAAAAGUGUUGCUUUUUUUGGAGCAUUUUCUGAAUGGUGAUGGCUGUUUGCAUGGACGUGAGUGAGGAGCAAAUUGCUCAGUGCACCUGGGGCUGAAGUGGGCACGGGGCACUGAGGCGGUGGCAGCCAUGCUUUGCUCCCAGAGCUGUGAAUGGGUGAAUGUGCACGAUGCUCUCAUGUCUCUCUGCUCUUUCCUUCCUCUCCAUGGAAGUAGAAUAGAGCACCAUGUCUGCUCUAUCUGCUUUUGUACAGCAGGUACACGAUGCUGAAUGUGCUCUGCUCCUGGUGCCUGGGGUGGGGAGCACCGUGUGGGUGCUGUGUGAGGGUUUGCCCUCUGUUGCCUUUGGGUUUUUGCUGCUUUCUCUCAUAUUCAGGAUAAUUUUGUACAAUUUCCAUCCCUGCCCAAAAGAACUGAAGGUGAUCUGCAGGAGAUGAGUAAAAUCUGAGCAGCUCUUGCUUUUGUUUUGUUUUGUUUUUUAAAUGCAAGGGAUCCAAAGCAACCGCCUUCCCCAGUGGCUCAUUUCUCACCCUUAUGGCUGGGCAUAAAAAUCUUUGCUUUUCUACACGGCUGCCUUCAUCCAUCUCCACACCUGGGCACAGGUGUUUGCACAGUGCCUUGAAGGUGCUUAAAUAAUGCAAGGCAUGGAUGACCGAAGGGAUUUCACUCUGGAAGGCAGUGACAGCUCCCUGAAAGGGUUUGGGAGUCCCAGAGGAGCAUCCGGACCCCAGGGGCCGUACCCCCAGCAGCUGAAGAGCUGAUCCAUUGCUUUCCAAAUGCAGGAGAUCGCAAUGCGUGCAUCUAAAUCUAAUUUUUUAAUGGAACCAGAUGGGCUCUCUGUGCCUCUUUCAAAUAAACUGCCUUAAAUUGGACACUGUGACAAGUUUCGUAUGCAAGCCAGAUUUAGCACCGUUAAUUCACAUUUCCAGAAAGGCUUUGAACUCAGCGUGCUCACCAACGACCUCACAGACAUCCCUGCCCUGCUGGGAGCUGUGCUGCUGCCACAGCCUUUCAGCUUUUUUUCCAUUAUUCUUCUCUGCACUGGCACAGGUUGCCCAAGGAGGCUGUGGAUGCCCCAUCCCUGCAGGCAUUCGAGGCCAGGCUGGAUGUGGCUCUGGGCAGCCUGGGCUGCUGGUUGGCGACCUGCACACAGCAGGGGGUUGGAACUGGAUGAGCGCUGUGCUCCUUUGCAACCCAGGCCGUUCUAUGAUUCUGUCAUUCUAUGAUUCACUUCCACUUUCACGUUCUUCGUUUCCUCAUUCUUGCUCUCUGUUUCCACCUUUUCAGUGCUUCACCUCUGCAGCUUGGUCUCUCACUGCUGAGAAAACAGUCUCAGAUAUUGAAAGGCAAGGAGAGCUGGGCAGUUUGGGUGCUGUUAGGAAGGAGGUCAGAGGAUGUGGCUGUGCUGCAGCCUCAUGUUAACCAGUGCUGAACAUGGAGAGCAUAACUGACCUUUGCAUUUUAGCUCAGUUCCACACUCUGUCCAAGCGCAUCGUGGCACAGAUUGGUUUUUAAAGAAGUAAUGAUUUACCAAUGCUGUAAAAAGCCCCUCAGGUUAUGAACACGCAUUACACCGUGCCAUGGUGCAACUGUUCCCUUAUCACCCAGCAGUGCAGCAUCAGUGCAUGCAGGGGCUGCUGGGUCUGCGGGGCUGAGAAGACAGAGGUGCUGAGCGAAGAUCUCCUGCAGGUGGAGAAGCGUCUGGAGCUGGUGAAGCAGGUGUCCCACAGCACCCACAAGAAGCUGACGGCGUGCCUGCAAGGCCAGCAGGGCGUGGAUGCCGACAAGCGCUCGAAGAAGCUGCCGCUGACGACGCUGGCGCAGUGCCUGACGGAGGGCUCGGCCGUGCUGGGCGAUGACUCCCUGCUGGGGAAGAUGCUGCGGCUGUGCGGGGAGGCGGAGGACAAGCUGGCGCAGGAGCUCAUCCAAUUCGAGCUGCAGGUGGAGAGGGACGUCAUCGAGCCGCUCUUCGUGCUGGCUGAGGUGGAAAUCCCAAAUAUCCAGAAGCAGAGGAAGCACUUAGCGAAGCUGGUGCUGGACAUGGACUCCUCGAGGACGAGGUGGCAGCAGUCUGCAAAGUCCUCGGGGCUGUCGAGCAACCUGCAGCCGUCGGGUGCCAAAGCCGAUGCUCUCAGGGAGGAGAUGGAGGAGGCAGCGAACAGAGUGGAGAUUUGCAGGGACCAGCUCUCGGCUGACAUGUACAGUUUCGUGGCCAAAGAAAUAGACUAUGCAAACUACUUCCAAACGCUGAUCGAGGUGCAAGCUGAGUACCACAGGAAGUCACUGGCACUUUUGCAGAGCGUGCUGCCUCAGAUCAAGGCCCAGCAGGAAGCGUGGAUGGAGAAGCCAUCCUUUGGGAAGCCACUGGAGGAGCACCUGGCUGUCAGCGGGCGUGAGAUCGCCUUCCCAGUGGAGGCCUGUGUCACCAUGCUGCUGGAGUGCGGCAUGCAGGAGGAGGGCCUGUUCCGUGUGGCUCCCUCUGCCUCCAAGCUGAAGAAGCUGAAGGCUGCCCUGGACUGCUGCGUGGUGGACGUGCAGGAGUACUCAGCUGACCCGCAUGCCAUUGCAGGAGCACUCAAGUCGUACCUGCGCGAGCUGCCAGAGCCACUGAUGACAUUUGAGCUGUACGAGGAGUGGAUCCAGGCCUCCAACAUCCCAGAGCAGGAGAAGAGGCUGCAGGCCUUAUGGAAUGCUUGCGAGAAGCUGCCCAAGGCCAACUACAACAACAUCAGGUACCUGAUCAAAUUCCUGGCCAAGUUGACUGAGUAUCAGGACAUGAACAAAAUGACGCCGAGCAACGUGGCCAUCGUGCUGGGUCCCAACCUUCUGUGGCCACAGGCAGAAGGGAAUAUUACGGAGAUGAUGACGACCGUCUCCCUGCAGAUUGUGGGCAUCAUUGAGCCGCUCAUCCAGCACGCCGACUGGUUCUUUCCUGGAGACAUUGAAUUCAAUGUCACCGGCAAUUAUGGCAGCCCCAUGCACGUGAACCACAAUGCCAACUACAGCUCCAUGCCCUCCCCGGACAUGGACCAUGCUGACCGCAAGCAGCACGACCAGGCGCGGCGGCCGCUCAGCGUGGCCACGGAUAACAUGAUGCUGGAGUUUUACAAGAAGGAUGGCCUUAGGAAAAUCCAAAGCAUGGGUGUCAGGGUGAUGGACACCUCGUGGGUGGCACGUAGAGGCACCUCAGGAGCACGCAAGACACCUGCCACCCCCCCGGCCACGCAGCCACCCGCACCGCCCGCCGAGCUGCCUGCCACGCCGCACUCACCCAUCCCUGAGCAGGCUCCUGAUGUGUCAGCCAGCCCCUCAUCUCCUGCCUCCAGCUUUGGCUUCCCUCCCGCAGCCGAGCGGGCAAGCACGCGUGGUGUGCCGCCCGCCUGGCCGGAUUGCUGCUACAGCCUCCCCUGCCCUGAGGACAAGCGGGGGCCCCCGGCCCCUGGUCCCCAUCCCUGUCCCCUGCCCUGGACACAACCUGCACUGCGCCUCUGGCCAGGUUGCAGCCAGAGCCUUCCUCCCUCCCGCUCCUCCUCUUCUUCCUCCUGCUCCCCCCGUCCACUCACCCCCCACCCUCGCCCCAAGCCUUGCUCCCUGCUGGUCCCCACACCACGCUCUCUUGCCCCAUGGCAUUGCCCGCUCCCCAUCUCUGCCCCACUGCUCCUCCCCAGCCCCCGGCCCCACAUGCUGCCCUCUCCCCCCGGGGGCGGCCGCAUGCCUGCGGGAGCCGACCUGGCCAGCACACUAAAGCCCAAGGAGCCAUCCCCCAUCUCCACAGCACAGAAGGGCGGUGGGCAGCAGCCCCUGGCCACACCACCAUCCCCCGCCGAGCAGAGCCCGCGCGCCCCACGCAAAGCCUCCAAGAAGCUGGCGCCCAUCCCACCCAAGGCGCCCUCCUCAGGGGGCACAUCGGAGCCGCCGGCGGGCCAGCCGUCCCCCGGCAGCUUGUCCCCAACCCCGCCAGGCACCCCCGCGCCCUAUGGACUCGCUUACCCUCAAGGCUACUGCCUGGCCUCAGGUCAGCUGUCCCCAGCCGCCGCACCUUCCCCGUCUCCUCCUCCUCCUCCUCUUCCUCCCCUGGGCAGCUCUGUAACCAAAUCUCGACCCGUCCCCAAGCCGAGGCAGAGGCCCUCGCUGCCGCCGCCGCAGCCCCCCACGGCCAGCGCGUCCGGCUCUAGCCCCCAGCCCACGGAGCCCCCCCUGCUCGACGCCGUGGCCCCCGGGGAGAGCGUGCCCACAGGUAACCCAGCCGCCGCGGGACGCAGCCAGGCUGUGCCGGGAGCUCAGAGCGCUCUUGGGCACCGCCGCUGGCCAGGGACACCGUGGGGACCCUGCGGCACUGCCCAGUCUGCAGGAUGGCUGUUUGCGCCCUGGGGUUUGGUGACAGCGUGGCUGGGAAGAUGGCAGCAUCCGUGGGAAAGUGAUGAUGUGCCCAGGAAGGUGAUGGUCACCUUGGAAAGGUGGCAGAGUCCUUGGGAAGGUGGCAGUGUGUCGAGGAAGGUGAUGGUCACCUUGGGAAAGGGACAGUCAUCAAGAGUGGGGCAGUGAUCUUGGGAAGGUGGCAAAGUCCCUGGCAUGGUCACAAGGUUCCUGGGAAUUUGGAAAUGUACUCAGAAAGGUGGUGGCAUCCUUGGGAAGGUGUCAGGGUCCCUGGGAAGGUGACAGUGUGCGUAGAAAGGUGACAGCCACCUUGGGAAGGUCACAAGGUCCUUGGGAAGGAAACAACGUGCCCAGGAAGGUAACAGUGACCUUGGGAAGGUCACAAUGUGCACAAGAAAGUGACGGUGACCUUGGGAAGAUGGCAGCAUCCUUGCACAGUGUCGAUGUCUUUGGAAGUUGGCAAGGCCCCUAGGAAGGUGACAGUAUGCCCAGGAAGAUGGCAAUAUACUCAGGAAGGUGACAGCAACUUUGGGAAGAUGGCAGCAUCCUUGGGAAGGUGACAGUGACAUUGGGAAGGUGGUAGGGUCCCUGGGAAGGUGACACUGUGCCCAACAGUGUGCUCAGUGAGGCAGCAGUGAGCUUGGAAAAGUGGCAGAGGAAGAUGACAGUGUGUCCAGGAUGGUGACUGUGACCUUGGGAAGGUGGUGAAGUUUCUGGGAAGGUCAUAAGGUCCCUGUGAAGGUGGCAGUGUGCUCAGAGGGGUGGCAGUGUCCUGGGGAAGGUGGCAAUGCACAAGGGACAAUGACAAGGUUGGUCCUCAAGAAGGUAGCAUGGUCCCCUGGAAAGAUGGCAGUGUGCCCAAUAAGAUGGCAGUGUCCUUAGGAGGACAGCAGGGUUCCUGGUAAGAUGACAGUGUCCUUGGGAAGGUGACAAGAUCCCUGGGAAGGUUACAGUGUGCUCAGGAAGGUGGCACUGCCCCAAGGAAGGUGGCAGUGUGCCCAGGAAAGUGUGCCCUGGAAGGUCCAGGCAUUGUCCUCAGGAAGGUGGUAAUGUCUCUGGAAAGGUAACAGCAUCUUUGGGAAGGUGGCAUUUGUCCUCAGGAAGGUUGUGACAUCACUGGGAAGGUGGCAGUGUUCCCAGACAAGAAGGCAGUGUCCUCACAAAAGGUGGCCGUGUCCCUGGGAACAUGGCAGUGUUCCCAGAAAGAUGCCAAUGUCCCAUAGGCAGGUGGCAAUGCCUCCACAAAGGUGACAGUGUCCCCAGGAAGGUGGCAGUGUCCAGGAGGUUGGCAAGGUCCCCAGGACAGCUCUGAUGCCACACCCACUGUGUGCCAACCUGGUGGCGCUGGGUUUUGUCCCCCCUGUGCUGUCUGUGCUGCAGAGCCAAGUGUGGGGGGCAGCACGGGGGUCAGCAUGAGCGUCCCCAUCUCCUAAGCAGUGCUGUCCCCAAGAGCCAGCCCCCAUGUGCAACUUCAGCAUCACACAGUGAUGCCUUGCCCAUGGGGACGCUUUGGCAGUGGGGAUGCUGUGGGGACACUGUCCUGGUCACACAGCUGGCAGCUGGGCUGGCGGUGGUGCCCUCUGCGUGCAGCCCUGCCUGUGAGGGCAGGCUGAACAGGGGAGCUGUGUGGAGACGGGUUGGGCUUUGGUGGACAUCACAGCCCAGCACUGGUGUGUCCCUGGUGUUGUCCUCAUUGUGCCCAGCUGUGGGUGCACCCAGACAUUGUGUCCAACCAUCAGCACACUCACUCACAAGUGCUGCCCCAGCACUGCAUCUCAGCACUGCACACAGGCAAGGGUGCAUUCUGGCAUGGUGCUCUAGCAGUUCACCCCAUGGCAGUACAUCCUAGCAUGGGUGCCAUCUCAGCAUUGCACCCUGGCUUUCCAUCCACACGUCAGUGCACCCAGGCACUGCACUGCAUCCAGGCAGAGACCCCUGGGAUGUAACCCCAGCAUUACACUCCAGUGUUGCACCCAGGCACUGGUGCAAUGCCGCACUGGUGCAGCCAGGCACUGCACACAAGCAUUGCAUCCAAGCACUGAUGCAACCCUGGCAUUGCACCCCAGCAUUUUAUUCUUGCAUUGGUGCAGCCAGGCGCUGGUGUAACCCCAGCAUUGCACCCCAGCAUUUCUUGCAUUGGUGCAACCAUCUUGCAUUGGUGCAGCCAGGCACUGGUGUAACCCCAGCAUUACACUCCAGCAUUGCACCCAGUGCUUCCCCGGCACUGCAUUCCCUAUUGGCACACUCAGACAUUGCAUCCCAGCACUGCGUGCAGGCAUUGCCUUGAAGCCAGCAGCUACUGGUGGAGCCAGGCAGGAGCAGCAGUUGUCCUUGGGGUGGCUCUCUCCAGGCUCAGCAAAGGCCAGCAACAUGCUGCCAGGUGUGGGGACACACAGGUGGGGACAAAAGCCCCACGCUUCCCCUCCGGCCGCAGUGCUGAGCACGCAGCACCCAUCACGGCACACAACGACACCUGCCCCCCUCGCCGCGUUCGGCAGCCCCUCACGCCGCUGUCUGUGCCUGCCACAGGUCUGCUGCACUUCGAGCUGCCGUCCAUUCACCUGGGGGGCGCGGAGGCCACGCUGCGCCGGGACCCGCUGGACGCCGCGCAGAGAGUGCAGCUGAAGGGCCCUGCAGAGGAGGAG